GAAAAUUAAGGCCAGACACCCUUCUCUCCUGUCGCAGACACUGUAAUCUCGCCCGCAAUACAAGGUUCGCUGGCUCAGAUUCUAUAUCCAUGGUGAAAGCCACAUAAUUACAAACGGAACUGCGCGCUUCGUCUCAUUGAUUGGCUGUUGCAUUGUAAAGGGAAAACUAUGUAGACAGGUGCUGGGUUGUGAGGCAGCUAUGCGCACGUGACCUCGGCGGUGGCUGAACCAGAACGCCGAGGGUCUGAUGAAAUCUUGCCCAGCAACAUCAUCACCACCACGAUCAUUGCCAAUCGCGAUACCCAACCCUCAUAACAUCGCGAACUGCCCUCGCGCCUAGACCGACCAUGUCCAUCGCAGCUUUAUCCAAGUCGCUACCAAAGCCAAAAUACUCGGGCGAAGAAGAGGAGCUCACCAACAGCACGCGCGUGCUAACCGCAGAGCAAUACGAAGCGCAAGUAGUCGCGAAGAAGGGCCCGCCGCCCUAUGGCCAGAGGCAGCACUGGAGGCCCCGCGCGCCUGAAGACUUUGGCGAUGGAGGCGCAUUUCCGGAAGUACUGGUCGCGCAGUACCCGCUUGACAUGGGAAAGAAGGGCCAGCCAUCCACAUCGAAUGCUCUCGUGAGAAGAGUCGACGGCGAGGGCAAGACCAAGUACGACGAGAUCGCGCGACGCGGACACGGCGAUUCGAGGAUUGUGCAAGCCAGCUUCAAGGACCUUAUCCCUUUGCGCCAACAGGCAGACGCUGGCGAGCUGGACUUGUCGCGUCCUUCUGCGGAGGUUGUCCAAGCAACCAAGGAGAAGACUGAGCAGGCCCUCAUGGCACUGGUUCAAGGGCAAACUGCCGCGCAACGGCCCAAGAAUGUACAGGGCAGAAAGAACGACGAGCCGACCUUCGUCAGAUAUACACCCACAGCUCAGCAUGGCCAGGCCCAGGGCCAGACGCGCAUCAUCAAGAUCCAGCAAAGACAGAUCGAUCCCAUGGAGCCACCCAAAUUCAAGCACAAGCGCAUUCCUCGCGGACCGCCAUCGCCUCCCCCACCCGUCCUACACUCGCCGCCGCGAAAGCUGACCGCCGAAGACCAAGAACUUUGGAAAAUCCCACCCCCAAUCAGUAACUGGAAGAACCCCAAGGGAUACACAGUGCCACUAGACAAGCGUCUAGCAGCCGAUGGUCGGGGCUUGCAGGACAUCACGAUCAACGACAAGUUUGCUCAAUUCGGCGAAGCGCUGCAGGCAGCCGACAGACAUGCACGAGAGGAGGUUAAGCAGCGUGCGAUCAUGCAGCAAAGAUUGGCGGAGAAGGAGAAGCUACAAAAGGAGGAGCACCUGCGAAACCUGGCGAGAGAGGCACGAGAACAGCGCGCCAACACCUCCCGAAGACGAUCACAGAGCGAUUCGGACACCGAUUCGGAAGAAGAGGCAGUGCGGAAGCGAAUGGACGCUCGCAAGGAGCGACGGGAGGACUUCCAGCGCGAACUUCGGCAGUCGCGAAUGGGUACCGAGCGCAAGAUUCAGAUGCUGGCUCGGGAGCAGAAUCGUGAUAUUUCCGAAAAGGUCGCACUCGGUCUGGCAAAGCCGACACAGAGCGGAGAGUCAAUGUACGACUCGCGACUAUUCAACCAGUCUAGUGGAUUCAACGCUGGUUUUAACGAGGACAACCACUACGACAAGCCUCUGUUCGCAGCUCAGGAUGCCAUAAGCAGCAUCUACCGCCCGAGCGUACAGCAGGAUGACGGAGAGGACGAGGGACAGACCUACGACCGGAUCACCAAGUCGAGCAAGUUCGAAGUCCUCGGAAAGGCCAAGGAGGGCUUCAAGGGAGCAGAUCUGCAAGAAGCCCGGGACGGACCAGUUCAAUUUGAGAAGGAUACUGACGAUCCGUUCAACAUCAACCAGAUGAUUGACGAAGUUCGUGGUGAAAAGGGCGAGAAGACGGGGGAGAAGCGUUACGGCAUCCAGGAGCCGGAGGGCAGAUCAGCCAAGCGCGCCAGGGUCGAGGAUGACAGUGAUUGAACGUCUUUUAGCAUUACCAAGACAUAGUUAUUGGCGUUUGGGUCUUUUUGCAUAGCUCGAGUUGCUAGUGCAAUACUGUAGCAUUUACCGCGAUCAAAAUGGUCAUCAUUGAUCUGGCUCAAUCUUCUUAAUACAGAACUCACCAUAUAUAGUUGGGCGUUCCUGGUCACGAUAGCCUGCGCGAUUGUGUUAUCACACCUACCGACAGUCAUCGUAUAUGCUUACUACCCGUCAACGCUCCAUUGGUCAAGUCCCAAGGAUCCCAGUCUCGGAAGGCGCACCUUCGUCGGAAUGCCGCACCGACAACAGCUUC